AUGACGUUUGAACAGAGCGACGAGAUGCCACGAGGGAUGAACGACAUGUACAACUGGUUUAACCAAUUUCACUUUUCAAGAGCGGUGAAAAAUACAGCACGAGAUUUUAGUGAUGCCGUAUUGCUGGCUGAAAUUCUGGCUCAAUUGGUCCCGGCUUGGGUCCAGCUUCACAAUUAUCCAUCUGCGCAUCGCUUCCAGCAAAAACUGAGUAAUUGGGAAACGCUAAACCGGAAAGUACUUACGCGUCUCAAGUGUGGAAUUUCACGCAGGCACCAGGAGGAUCUCGCCAACUCCGUACCUGGAGCAAUUGAGCUGCUCCUGAUCCAAGUGAAAAAAACAGUAUGA